AGUUUUAUCCCUGCCGAGCCGCCGUAGCGAUGGGAGAUAACGUGUCCAAGCGGCUGAAGCUGAUCUCGGCUACAGAGGCAGAGAUGGAGGAGCGCUCUUUUCCAAACCCGUACCCCGACUGGGACCAGGGAGUCCUCACCUCCAGCUCCGGAGCAGACGUAGAUUGCAGUGAGCCCUUUGACGUAGAAGGAAAGGUGAGUGCACUAUUCCAGCGGAAGGUCCAGAAUAAGAUCAAAGAUCUCCUCCAGCAGAUGGAGGAGGGCCUGAAGACUGCCGAUCCCCAUGACUUCUCCACUUACACCGGCUGGACAGGUAUUGCCUUGCUGUACCUCCAGCUGCACCGGGUGACCCAUGACGCCUCCCACCUGCAGAGGGCAUUGGACUAUGUGAAGAGGACCAUGAGGAUCCUGAAUGGCCGCAAAGUGACAUUCCUCUGUGGUGACGCGGGGCCGUUGGCAGUAGGUGCGGUGGUCCACCACAAACUGAACAACACUGCUGACAGCCAAGACUGUGUGUCCAGGCUGCUCCAGCUGCAGCGGUCGGUGCUGACUCCUGACUCUGAGAUGCCGGAUGAGCUGCUGUAUGGCCGAGCCGGCUACCUUUAUGCUCUGCUCUACAUUAACAAAGAGAUACGAGCUGACACGGUGGAUGAGAGCACCAUUACAAAGGUGGUGACGGCCAUCGUGGAAUCAGGGAAGAACAUGUCAGCCGAGCAGAAGAAGACUGAUCGCUGCCCUUUGCUCUAUGAAUGGCACAAGAAGCAGUACAUCGGUGCUGCCCACGGCCUGGCUGGCAUCUAUUACAUGCUCAUGCAGCCCGGAGCAAGGGUCCAUCCAGACAUUUUGUCAGAGUUGGUUCGUCCCAGCAUCGACUAUGUCCGCCACAAGAGGUUUCGUUCGGGGAACUUCCCAUCAUCGCUGAGUAACGAGAGUGACCGGCUGGUUCACUGGUGCCACGGAGCCCCAGGUGUCAUCCACAUGCUGAUCUUGGCUCAUAAGGUGUUUAAAGAGGAGAAGUACUUGAAGGAGGCUGCAGAAUGUGCUGAGGUGAUCUGGCAUCGAGGCCUGCUUAGAAAGGGCUACGGAAUCUGCCAUGGCACAGCUGGCAAUGGCUAUGCCUUCCUAUCCCUUUACAAGCUCACCCAGGAGAAAAAAUACCUUUACCGCGCCUGCAAGUUUGCGGAGUGGUGUUUGGACUAUGGGACCCAUGGCUGUCGCAUCCCAGACAGACCAUACUCUCUUUUUGAAGGUAUGGCGGGGGCCAUCCACUACCUAUCAGAGAUGGCUAACCCUGAUGCUUCCUGUUUCCCUGCCUUUGAACUCUGACCUGCCAACUGCUGACUGAGGAUAAUGAAGGGGGACGGGGACAAACAGUUUGGGAAGCUAACUUGGGUCUUUACUCCAACGCUGAAUGAGGAUGUAUUUGUGAUUCGGCUUUCAACGUUUGACGUGAGCAAGUAGUGACUGAAUUAGACUGAAAAUGAAGAUCAGCCUGGAACUGAGCAGAGUGAGUGCAUUUGAGUUUUGUUUGGUUUACGAGACUGAAAACAUAUACAAAAAGAUAAAGGCAAAAUUAUCUUUGGACAAAAGUACAGAUUGAAUGUUGUAGAUCCAGUGAUAAUGACUCUGAAGAAGACUGUUAAAGGAGUUCCCUGUUCUUAUAGAUGGCUUUGUAUUCUGUGAGGCCUAUCAAUAGGGGUCAAAAUGUAAGGGUCUCGAAGUCCCCUGUCAUCCUCUUGUGGUAAAGACAUGGACCCCAUGUCUCUCCUCCUCACUCAUUACAAUUUACAGGCAGCUGGCAUGGACACAAAAGAACACACUCUAAGUCUUCUGCCUUUAAUAUCAUAAUUCCUAGGCCAAGACAGGGGAGUGUAGAUGUGUGUGAAGUAAACUAAAGCUGUUUUGGUUUUUCUCUGCAUGCUCACUGAAAUUGGCUCUUGGUACCUCAUAUCCUGUCAGUGUAUUGUUUGUCUCUUCCUGUAUUUGUAGGUGUGCAAUUACAGUUCUCCUGGUAUUUGUCGCAUAGUGGGGAAAUGUUUUCUCAUCUUUUGUUUGAAUCAGAAGUCAAAACUAUCUUAGUGCUAGUUUUAAGACUUUUGUGAAGCUAAGUUGAAAUUUAAUUUAAUUUCUUUACUUUUUGUGUAAGGGAAUAUUAACUAGAAUGAUAUGUAAAAUAUAUUAUAUGGCACAUGAUGCUUUAAAUACUUGGGGGUGGGGAAUAGAAAAUGUCCACUUUGUCAGCGUAAGAACACAGGUGUUGGUACUGGCCUUAAACUUUCCCUACCACAA